UAUAUAAACUAGAUAUUAUGCAUAUAUAUAUUAUUUAUGUAAAUUUAAAAUUUUAUCUUCUUUAUUUAAUUAGGAAGUUAUAACUAUCAGGAUUAAUUUCCAAUUGAUUUCAAUGGCGUUAACAUUUGAUGAUUAUGUUAAUACUAAAACAUUUACUCCUCAAGAAUACCAAGUUGAAAUUCUGAGUUCAGCUAAAAACAAAAAUGUAAUUAUUUCAUUAGAAGGUAUAACAAAUAAGGUAUUUGUUAUUUUGAAACUAAUUCAAGAACUUGCUUUCAAAAUGCACAGGAAAUCUGAAAAAAGAAAAUGGACUUUACUUGUUUUAGAAGAAGCAGAAGUUGAUCAAUACAUGUUUUCUAUCCGGCAUUUGACCGAUUUAAAACCAUUAGAGAUCAGAUCAGUAGAUCAUUCGGAUUUUAUCAAUUAUGAUGUAAUUGUUACUACUGAAAACUUAUGCUUAGAAAUAUUUGAAAAAAAUUGCUUACACUUCGACCAGCUAAGCUUAGCUAUAUUCAAUAACUGCCAGAAAAUAAUCGUGGAAAAUAGUACUUAUUUUAAGAUUUGUAAUUUUAUCAAGUCAAAUAGCCAAUGUAGAAUUUUAGGUAUUGUUCAUCCAUUAUUUGAAUUGGAUUCUGAUCCAUUAUUCAUUGAAAAUCAAUUGAAAUUUAUAUCACACAAAUUGUUUUCGUCUAUCGAGACUGCCAGUGAUAUUGUUUCUUUAUUACGCAGCUGCUGUAAACCUAAAGAAGUUCUCAUUGAAUGUGCUGUCCAAUCAGAAGAUUUCCCCAAUAUUGGGAUAAAAUCUAUCGUACAGAGUUUAACAGAUUUUUUAAAUGACCAUAACUAUAACCCUGAAAAUAUAUAUGGAGACGAUGAAGAAUUGCGUGAAGAAUUAAAAAAAAUACCCUGUCCUAAAAAUGUACCCUUACAAAUGAUAUCUGAAUUUUCGGACGUUUUAAAAACUAUGGGCCCAUAUUGCGCAGAUAAAGUUGCCUUGACACUCCUGUAUAGAAUAGAAAAUUUAAAAGUUAAAACUCCGUAUGAAAGACACUAUGCUUUGUUGUGCAUAGUUUCUACAUUAUUGAUUCAAAUAAGAGCUAAGUUUGAUAAUAUUUUUUAUAAUUAUAGUAAUAUCGAUAAAGUGCUUAAAUUUAGUUCUCCACGUGUAUUACGAAUCAUUAAUACUCUAAAACAAUUUAAACCAAAAUCUUUUAAUUCCAAUAAUAACCUUGCUGAAGUAUGCAAAGAUCAAGAAGGAAAUAAAGAUAAAAUCAUCAAAUCUAAAUCAGCAAAACGUAAUUGUAAAUUAACUAGGAGAUAUUAUAAUAAAACUCAUAGAAAGCAAAGACAAUCAAGAGAUCCGUGUGAAGAAAAUGUUUGUGCAAUAAUUCUCGUUAACAGCAAAAUGACAGCUUCUGUUUUGUAUCAUUUAUUUUUAGAUUUGAAAAACAGUAACGAAGAAGAUUUUGGUUGGAUCGAACCUCAAUACAUGGUAGAUAAUAAUGCAGACCCAAUUACUGAACCUGAAGAAUUUGAAAUCGAACGGAAAACUCAAGAAAAUAUUUUAAAAAGGUUUCGGCAAAGAAACUGUAAUGUACUUAUUGGAACUAAAGAAUUAGAAACAGGAAUUAAUUUACCCAGAUGUAAUUUAGUAAUUAAUUAUAAUUUACCACUUUCAUACAAAUCAUAUCUAAUGUCUAAAAGUAAGGCAAGAACAUUAGAUGCUUACUAUGUUUUAAUGUUUGACGAACAUGCUACUUCAAAGAUUUUAUCUUGUUGUCAACUGUAUAAGGAUAUUAACCAGAUGUUAUUAAGUCAUUGCACUUUAAAAGAUAUUGACAUGGAAAAAGAAAUCUAUGCUGACAGAUUUAAUUGGUUUGUUUCACCAUUCAAACCAGGAAAAAAGGAAGAUUCAGCAUUUGUGGAUAUGGCAACAGCCAUUGGACUUGUGAAUAGGUAUUGUGCAAAACUACCUAGUGAUACUUUUACCAAAUUAUCUCCAAUUUGGAAGAUACAAUCAAUAGUAUAUGAAAAUCAACCAAUGUUUGUGUGUAGCAUUCGUCUUCCAAUUAAUUCACCUAUUAAACAUGAGAUACAUGGUCAUCCAAUGCCAUGUGAAAUUUUAGCAAAAAGAAUAGCUGCAUUAGAAGUAUGUAGACAGAUUUAUUCUCAAGGUCAACUAGAUGACACCCUUCAACCUAUUACAAAAGAAUCAUUUCAUGCUUUGUUCAAUACUGAUGAAAUAAUCCCAGACACUGAAGAUUCCUUAAUAACUUGCAAGACUAAGGAUUCUAUGCCUGGAACAUAUAAACGCCGCCAACACUAUUAUAAAAGAACUGCUGAGGCACUGAAUGAUUGUAGACCAGUUGAAGGCAAGCCUUGUCACUUGUAUGCUAUAUUAUUAAAUAUUACUUGUCCUAUACCAGAACAAGAAAAUACUAAAAGUCGAAGGAUUCAUCCGCCCGAAGAAUCCAUUCAUGGGUUUGGUAUACUUACAACGAAACAUAUUCCAAGUAUUCCGGCAUUUCCCAUAUAUCCUCGAUGUGGUGAAGUAUACGUGCGGCUAAAACGAAUUAAAACAGAUAUGUUUCUAACACAACAUCAAUUGGAUAAUAUAGCUACAUUUUUAAAUUAUACAUUUUCCAAUGUACUAUGUUUUAAAAAAUGCCGUGUGGAAUUUAAUCCAACUACUACUCACAAUUGUUAUUAUAUUGUGCCCACUCUUAGAGAUGCAAGUGGAUCAAUAGAUGUUGAUUGGAAAAUCCUAGAUAAUGUGCAAACAUUUAGAGAUAAUAAACUAAGUAUUAUAACUAAUGAAGAUAGAAUACAUUUUCAACCUGAUAUUGAAGUAUUAAAAGAUGCUGUUGUUACACCUUGGUAUAGAAAUCAGGAACAACCCGAGUAUUUCUACGUAGAAGAGAUUUGUACACACCUUAAUCCAAAAUCACCAUUUCCUGAUCCUACAGAAAAAUAUAAAACAUUUGAAGAUUUCUAUUAUCACAAAUACAGUUUAAAAAUCCAAAAUCUAGAACAACCUCUUUUGGAUGUUGAUCCUACUUCUGCCAGACUAAAUUUUCUUACACCAAGGUACAUGAAUUGUAAAGGUGAAUAUUUACCUACAAGUAGUGAUGCAACUAAAAGAGCUAAACGAUAUGAUUUAAGUCAUAAACAAAUUCUUGUUCCAGAGCUUUGUAAUAUACAUUUAUUUCCAGCAUCAAUGUGGCGUGACGCUGUUUCUUUACCAUCUAUAUUGUAUCGCAUUAAUGCUUUAUUGUUAGCUGAUGAAAUUCGUACUAUUGUUGCCAAGGAUACAUCUUUAGGAUUGGUUAACUUAAGUUUUGAUCACAUCUGGAAACCUUUAGAUUUUGGAUGGCCUAUAAAAGAUGUAUUAAUAAGAAGAAAAGAACAAAAAGAAAUUAGUACAAUAAAAGUUAUUGAACCAGUUGAAACUGUUAAACGAUUUAUAGAUGAAGUAGAAAAAGAAGAAAAGAUAGAUGAAUUAAAUGACCCUAAUUGGAUGGAGAUAGGGACAUGGUCUAAUGAUAUGGCUGACUUUGCAAUGAAUAAUAUUGAUAAUACAACAAAAGAAAGGUAUUCAUAUCCAAAUAGUUUGAUGAUUCAAAGCAAUAGUGAAUCAAGCACAUUCAGUGAUGUUGAAUCAGAUGAUGGAAUUCAAGUUAAUGAAGUAAAAAGUAGUUCCAAUAUCGAUAGCUCAUCUUUAUUAAAAUUACCAUGGGAAUUAAAUUCAAACACUGGUUAUGGACUUUCAGACAUAAAUAUUUUAUUGAAUAAUACUUCAUUUAUGCCUGAAGAUGAUAAAUGUAUUAAAAAUGAAAUAUAUAAAAAUAAUAAAACAAUUGAUAGUAUCAAUGAAGUUAAUGAUUUACAAACUGAAACAUUUAGUUUUGAUUUUCAGCCAGACUUAAAUUAUCAUCCAGGACCAAGUCCUAGUAUUUUACUUCAAGCACUAACUACAGCAAAUGCAAUUGAUGGAUAUGAUUUGGAACGUUUGGAAACAAUAGGAGAUUCGUUUUUAAAAUAUGCCGUUACCGCUUACUUAUACUGUACACACAAUAAUGUUCAUGAAGGAAUACUGAGCGAUCUUAGAUCAAAUCAUGUCAGUAAUUUGAAUUUGUAUCGUCUUGGUAAAUUAAAAAUGUUUGGUGAACGUAUGAUAUCUACAAAAUUUGAGCCCCGUAGUAAUUGGCUACCACCUUGUUAUAUUGGACCACAUAAGUUAGAAAAAGCCGUCAUUAAUUCUAAUAUAUCAAUUACUCAACAUAUUACUAAUGACAAAAGUAUUGCUGACUGCGUAGAAGCUUUAAUUGGUGCUUAUUUGAUAUCUUGUGGUACUCGUGGUGCAUUACUAUUUAUGUCUUGGCUUGGCAUAACAGUAUUAAAUACAUUAGAUGAUUCAAAAUUAGGUUAUCUCAAACUGCCGCCUUCUCCACUUCUACGUAAUGUUAAUGAUCCUGAAGGUGAAUUAACAAAGUUAAUGGAUGGAUUUGAAUCUUUUGAACAACAUUUAGGAUACUAUUUUCAAGAUCGUAGUUAUCUAUUACAAGCAAUGACUCAUGCUUCUUAUUAUCCCAAUUGUUUAACAGAUUGUUACCAACGAUUAGAGUUUCUGGGUGAUGCAGUUUUGGAUUAUUUAAUUACACGGCAUUUAUAUGAAGACAAAAGAAGACAUCCACCUGGAGCUUUGACAGAUCUUCGUUCAGCACUAGUUAAUAAUACAAUAUUUGCAUCCCUUGCUGUUAAAAAUGGUUUUCAUAAGUAUUUAAAACAUUUAUCUCCGGGUUUGUCUGAAGUUGUUUAUAGAUUUGUAGCUAUCCAAGAAGAGAAUGGUCAUACUAUUGAUGAAGAGUUCUGUUUCUCGGGAGAAGAUGAUUUUGAAGAUGCUGAAGAUGUUGAGGCACCGAAAGUCCUUGGUGAUAUUUUUGAAUCAGUUGCGGGUGCAAUUUAUUUGGAUAGUAAUAUGUCAUUAGAUGCAGUAUGGAAAGUUUAUCAUAAAAUAAUGGAAAAUGAAAUAAAACAGUUUAGUAAAAACGUACCAAUAUCUCCUGUCAGGGAGCUUCUAGAAUUAGAACCAAAUACUGCUAAAUUUAGUAAACCUGAAAAAUUGGUGGAUGGUCGACGUGUCCGGGUUAUAGUUGAAAUACUUGGCAAAGGAGUAUUUAAAGGCAUUGGUCGUAAUUAUAGAAUCGCAAAAUGCACAGCAGCCAAAUGUGCUUUAAAUCAUCUAAAGGAAAAGAUAAAGAAAUAGA